GGAGGGUUCCGAUCGGACUGCCCCAGCCCAACAUGAUAGAAAAGUGUCCAGGUCCAGAUCUGUUGGGUGUGGAAGCAGAAGCUUUUCAGGGGACUUCUUUGAGAGAAUCUCAACUGGUUUUGGGGAUUGCACACUAAGAAGGGUUGAAUCUCAGAGAGAAGGAAAGCCCAAAAUCCAAUCUGUCCAUCACAGGAACAGCGUGGCUUCUUCAGGGCAAGACUGCAUAAGGGAAAGAGUGAAAUGCGGAGGAAUCUUUAGUGGGUUCAUGAUGAUAUCUGCUUCUUCAUCUUCAUCAUCAGAUUGGGUUUCUUCUGAAG